AUGGUUCUAUGGUUCCAGCGGAGGUAUAUAUGUGAAGUAUAUAUAAGAGCAUUCUACCCUGGUCAACAUCAGAACAUUCGGAAGACAAGGGCACACUGUUUACAGGCCAAUACGCAAUUUUCUUUCAAUCCCUGUUUGCCCUUUUGGUUUCUUUCCUUCUUCUGCCCUGGGACCUCAUUAAUUCUGCACGGGUACGAAGUUGUUGUGCAUUUUAUGCCCUCCUUUCCACCAGAUAUUGUUAAUAUAUGUGACCAUACCCGUACGAGUGGGCUUAUUAUGAUAGCCAAGUCAAGGGUGCAAAGCAUAAAACCGAGGCAUCAAGACAGGCAUCAUGAAUCCAGCUAA